CGCGCUGUUCCGUUACUCGCUGACACCGCUCGAUCGCCAUGGUGUCCGUGGGCGCGUGGAGGCGACGCGCCCCCGACGACUGCGAGGAGCGCUCCGAACCCGGCACCUCCAGCUCGGGAGUGCCGCGCGCGCCGCCCAACUGUGCCCGCUGCCGCAACCACCGGCUCAAGGUCGAACUGAAGGGACACAAACGAUACUGCAAGUACCGGUACUGCACGUGCGAGAAGUGCCGGCUGACCGCCGACAGACAGCGCGUGAUGGCUCUCCAGACGGCUCUGAGACGUGCCCAGGCGCAGGACGAGGCGCGAGCGCGUUCCAUGGAGGCCGGCAUACACCCGACAGGAGUUGAAUUGGAGCGGCCCGAGCCGCCCGUAGUCAAGGCACCCAGAAGCCCGGUGGUCCCGCCGCCUCCGCCGAGGUCCCUCGGCUCAGCCAGCUGUGACUCCGUGCCAGGGUCCCCCGGGGUGUCGCCGUACGCGCCGCCGCCGCCGCCGCCGUCGUCGUCGGCGCCCCCGCCGCCCAACAUGCCGCCGCUGCUGCCACCACAGCAACCCGCGGUGUCCCUAGAAACCCUGGUGGAAAACUGUCACAAACUCCUAGAGAAGUUCCACUAUUCCUGGGAGAUGAUGCCCCUCGUGCUGGUCAUCCUGAAUUACGCGGGCAGCGACCUGGACGAAGCCUCGAGGAAGAUUGAUGAAGGGAAGAUGAUCAUCAACGAGUACGCGCGGAAGCACAACCUCAACAUCUUCGACGGCUUAGAGCUGAGGAACUCGACUCGCCAGUACGGACUUUAAUAUGACCGGACGAAGGUGGCGAAAUUUGCAAUAUAAUUUAAAGUGACAGUGUUGUGAUAGUGUGUGAUAUCGAUGUUAUUUUAUUUUAAUUUUCUUUUUUGUAGGAAAAUGCUGCAAAGCGAAAUUAAUAAUAUAAGUGGUGUACUAUCAUCGUCGAUGAAGUUGUUUUGCGAAUGAUACUUAGUUUUACCAGUGUGUGUUGUGAGGACGCGUGCUGUGCGUCGCUGUGUGUUGCGAACUCAGAAGAAUUGUGAACGGCUAGCUACAAAGGACUUUUAGACGGCGCCCGAGUCAUCAGAGCCUCCGUCGGCCUCGGCGAGCGGUAGCAGUUCGUAAGCGGGUCCAUAAGGCCCUUACUAUUCCCCGCAGUGUGAUAGACACAGUGCUAUGUGCUAACGCUACAUUGGAAAUUACACCACCAUACCCCAAAUGGGACAAAACGGAAAAUCGUGUGAGACAGUGCAUUUUUAGUUUUGUUCAGCCCACAGAAAAAGCCGUUCAAUUUUGUUGCGUUAUUAAAUAAUUACCAUAUUUUAAAUAGAUAUCUUUAGUUUUGUAAUUUUCAUAGCUACUUUUUCUAUGAGAUAGGGAAUAUCCAUAGAACUUGUUAAUUUAUUUUACAAAGGAGGAAAUUCAGAAAUCUGGAUUUGAGAUAACUUUUAAGAAUCUUUUUUAGUGUUUUUUGUGUUACAAUGUUAUGUUAUCAAUGAUGUAAUGAUGGUGAUGUUCAUUUCAAAUAUGGAGAAGAUUGUUUGUGUUUCUAAAAGGACUUAAGUGAAGCAAAUGUUUUACUAUGUGUGUCUUACAUAUACCUACCUACAUAUAAUUUACUUUCUUUGAAUAAUUGUAGGCGAAAAAUUCAUCAAUGAAAAAACAAAACAAGAAAAUAAUACCAAUAUUAAAGCUGGGUUGUACCGUCUUACUCUAACAAACAUCAGAAAUCUACCAAACUCUAUACAGAAAGAACCGGUUAUCGUUAAAGUUACGGUUAUAAGUAGCUACCUACGAGGACUACAACUCAGCCUAAACCCUUUUCAAAAUCUAAUCUUUAAUUACUGCCGAGCCUAAGCUUACCGCGUUCUUAAAAUGAUUUCCAAAGCUUGCUAUCAAAAUAAUGAACACUUGUUUUUUUUAUUUUAUUUUUAUUACCCCUCUUGGUCGCAGAUUAGGCCAGUAGAAUUAGAUUUUAAUUGGAAAUAAUUAAAUAUAAAUAAAUAAACAAAUAUCCUUGGACAUUUCACACUGCGCCUCUAGUCCCAAACUAAGCAAAGCUUGUACUAUGGGUACUAGACGAUGGGAUAAACAAUUAUUCCUACAAUAGAUUUUGUUGCUUUAAUGACUUCAUUGGUUGAAAUGCCCAUUAAGACUCUCCUAGGUUUUCAACUUCGACGGGGUUGGGAUUAAGUGGCGGGGCCCCCCGAAAUGGGCGUUUUUUCGGGUUUCCGAAUCGAAAAGUGGUAUUCAUAACGGUUGAAGAAGGGCACUUAAUCCUGAGCAUUUCAAGAGAAUGCAAUACGUCCAUUAACAUAACUCAAUACUUUCCAAACAAAUAAAUCAGCGGUAAAUUCUAGGUACUCAAUAAUGACUUACAGCAACGCUACUUUGUAAGCGCUCUGUAAUUUUCGCAUUGGGAUCGUCGCGCUUUUGAGAUUUUCGUUUUGGUAAAAACCAAAAAUAGCCGAAUAAUAAUGUAUAGUAGCGAGCAUCGAUCGGCUGACGCAGGGCUGGCUGUGAUAGUAGCUUUGAUUUUCUUAGUCCGUAAACAUCUUUCCUAAAAUUGUAUUUAGCCAAAACAAUCUUUUCAAUUUUAAUAAUAAUUCAUAUUUUUGACACCACAAGAGCCUACUACAUAUAAGGCUUGCAAAAAAAACUUUUUGUAGUUAUAAAUAAAAAAGUAUUUUAUUAAUUUAAUGAUUUGAUACUUUAUUGAACAUCGCUAAAUCAAUAUCCAAGCAUUUUAAUUUGCGGUCCGAUUAAAAAAUAUUGAUAUUGAUUUAUACAGUAUAGUGAUGUCCCUAUUCGCACAAAAUUUCGCCCGGGGACAUCGCACGUUUCGCCGCGCGCCGCAACAAAGUAGUACUUCUUUAGCGAUUGGGUUUUCGCUAACGCUACCGAUCGUUCCGCGAUACAUUAUCCGUCACGAUUUAAAAUAAUUUCUGGUAUACGUAAUUUUGUACCUAAUUAGUUUUGGGCCUGUUAUUUUUCUUAAUAAUUCUUAUCAGGCUUUGUAAAUAUUUUCAGUAACAAUUUGGUGUUGUUUUCAUUGUAAGUAUCAGAUUGAUUAUAAUACCUUACGUUUUGUAUAAUAAUUAUAAUUUCCGAUCCUUUUUCUACUAACUUCUUCUUUUUCUAUUUUACACCGCACCCUUUAACAAGAAGUAAAUUAAACCUUUCAUUGAUAUCGUAUUAGGUACUUUGUCUACAGUAGGUAGGUAUAUGAGACAAUAUUUUUUUCUUUAUUCAGAGAACCAUUGUUUAUUUAAAACUGAAAUGUUCUAACCAAACUGGAAAAAAAAUCUUACGGAGACUACAAAUCCCAACUGGAACCAAAGGAAUUCCAACACAAGAGUGUCCAACACCAUGGAGACCUUAUUGAAGCUCGAUUCAAUUCAAUAGUCGGCAUAUUGUUAUUUUUGCUAUUAAUUUCUUAAUUAAGUAUUUGCUUGAUUAUGCUCUCAUACCCUCAAUAUUCUGCUCAAUACCUGCGCAACUACUACUAGCGCAACGGAUUAUGUUUAGGUACGAGCAAAAAUAAAUUCACUGUAACCCUAACCAGCCUCCAAUAAUGUUCCUUUUAAGGAACAUAAUAAAUAAUAAUUAUAUUUUUAAUACACUCAAAAGGCAUUUAAAAACUGAAACGUAGACUUUGCAAUAAUCAGAUCAUCUGCACCUUAUAUUGUGCGUCAGAAUUUGGGCGCGGGCGAUCCGCGCGCUGAACGAAAGUGAAUUAUAACGUUAUUUCUCGGACAUUGUUGAAAUACCUGCUAUCGGUAUGAUCGGCAAAUUAGCACUUCAUUUUAGACUCGAGCACCGGUUUCUGGGCCCAGGCUGGGGCCUGCAGGCGCCCAGAGAUUGCCUGGGCUUAUUUAAUUUUAUUUUAUGCAACCAUGUAUUUGAAUUGACUGACAAAAAUACAAGAGGGGCAGAUCAAUCAGAAUUCAAGUCGUAAAUUACUAACAAAUCCAUUGAAGUAGAGUUAUUUUAAGUCGUGGUACAGAUUUACAACUAAAGCAAAUAAUAGUUGUGGAUAAUAAUAAUGUGGUUUUCAGUUUCAUUAAGACAUUUAGUGUCCUUGUAAUGUACAUGAUUGUUCUAAAAUUAAUGAAAUCCAGCUCAGUGUGUGCGUCUAUUUCAAUCAAUAUCAAUUUUAUUAUGAACUACCUAGUACUAGAAACCGGACUUGGCUAACGCAAUUUUACUCCUUGUUUCGUUAUUGCUCCUUAGUAAAAGUUGUCGUGUAUUAUAAAUUCAUAAUCUGAACUAUAUCAAUGACAGCUCUAUUUAACUUGAAUUACUACCCCCCGGCAUGUUUAACAUCUAUGUACUUAUUUAUAUUCAUCAACAUAUCAAUAUAUUCCAUUACCUACUGGAUUAAUGCCUCUUCCUUCCAAUGCUCUUCAUCGAGUCUCAUCCUCAGCUAUUUCUGUCACAAACCAUUAUCUGAAGCUUUGUUAUAUCGUAUUCUUUAAAACUUCAUAUGCAGUGGCUUUACAUACCUAUUGGCGACUAUAUUAUUAACUUUGUGACCUAGUCUUAAGGCCGUAAAGUAACCAGCAAAACAAAUUUGGGUUAACAUCGCCAAAACAUGCAUUUUCAAAUUUCCGUGCCCAACUGAAAUGUUGAACAAACCUACAUGGUUAAUGUAUCCAUAAUGAUUAGGUGUUUGGAAAACAUUAAACAUGCUGCUGGCUUCCAGGUUAACUGCCACGUUAUCUAACGCUAUCUGCAGUAUACGUUAACUAUUAUAUGAACCGUUAGAAUGGGGUGGGCACUUAGUACCGCGGGCGGGGCCAGCCGACUCGCCCCCACUUCUCUUGCUAAACUACAUCUAUUACCCGUUUAUAACCUAUGUAAUAUGUACUGGACGUAAAUACAAUCCACUAUGUACGUACUGGUUAGUGUUGAAGUUUGUUUGCCAAAAUAUUUCGGAUGCUUUAGAUGACGAAGAUUUUAAAAUGAAUUUAUUUAGGAUCUGAACACAACCAUGUUGUUCAAUAAUAUCCGACUCGAAGGACUGAUAGAAAGGAAGAUCUAUUGGACCCAGAGCUAUUACUAUGACUGCUUGUUGACUCGUUAGUUUCGCUAUUUGGCUAUGUCCCCUCUCUCUUAAAGUUUCAUAAAAUGUAGCAUCAUGCCUACCAAUUUUGGGCGCAACUUUACCUAUUCAUAAAUUUUAAUUAUGUAGUAUAUUUUGUAAGAAUUAGUAAAACAUUUCUUCCAGUAAAUCAUUAAAUUCUUGUAUAAAAAAAUGUGAUACCACUCGGUUGAAUUAAGGCCGUCGCACAUUUAUCAACCCGGUAAGGGAUCGCAACCGUAUCAACUCGAGGCGGUCAGUAUUCUUUGUAUGAAACUCCAUACUUCAACGCACACUUAUCCGCUCCGCAAGUAAACCACUCGCCUCGCGAUAGACAGCGCGCGAAAGGCGAUGACAGCUCACAAAAGGCGAUACGGUGUUGAUCCCUUUCCGAGUUGAUAUGUCUGCUAUGACCUUAUACUGAAGAAAUCUACGUACUCUUUUUAUAAUUUUUAAUUAAAAUCGACUCUUUAAUGAAUGGGAAAACCUCACCUUUCAAUCACUUCAACUUUAUCAAAAUUCAUACAACAAACCAAAACUCGAACUUUAAUUCAACCGUGUGUAUUAUUUGAAAACUAACUCCAUCCUUUUAUCACAUCCUUUGGAAGUCCAUUUUUUCAAUUUCACUUGUUAAAUGUGCAUAAAUUGAUAAUGUUACAUGUUUGAACAUUUAAAUUGCUUUAUCUAGGAUAAUGUAAAUUGAACAUCAUUCCAUCCAUGAAAUGUAUUGGAUCCGAUUCUGAAAUAAAAUAAGUGUAAUUAGACGUAUUUGAUUGAUUUUAUUCUACUGGCUGAUUUGAAUUUUGUCAAAUGGAUGUUAGGCUGUGGACACACAAAGCUUUAUUGAAUUUCAAAAAGGGAAUUAUCUGUACGUGGUUACGUUGCGCUAUACGAGUAUGUAGAGUUCAUUUUGUGAGGAACUGUACUGAGGAGUUAAACUCAAUUAAUAAUGCAUGCUAAGAAAGACACAUUAGUUCAUUGAAUUUUGAUCCAAUCAGUUGGUCUUAACGAAUGAUUAUAUGACAAUGAGGGGUUACCGUAUUUGCCCUCCACAGUUGGCACCACUGUCAUGGACACUAGCUAGUGACCUUACUCAUCAGUAGCCACAGAUAAUGAGCUACUAGUGCAAUAGUGUAGCGCCAACUGUUCAGCACAAAUAAUCAUUGUCUCAGAGCAGACCACGGUUUUCGUGUGUCCACAGCCUUAGAAUGAUAUUUUUAAACGGUUUGCAAGAAAAAUAAAAUUGAUAAUUUUAGUUGGUACGAAUGAGGCGAGCUAGUCAUUAAAAACAUUAAUUUUGGACAUUUUAAUCUUACAAGGCCAGUGACAAAAUGACAAAGUCAUUUUUAAAAUAAAAUUUAACUUACGAGUAGCUUGGAUUUGUAUUUAAUAUUCUUAUUACUUACUCAAUUCGUCCUCGAACCGUCUUGUUAACAUUUUUUGAAACCAGCGUAGGUAAUUUAAUGUGUAUCGUUUAAAAUUAAGAAGCAUACCCUGUACAUAAUCCUAUGUGACUAAUUAAGCAUCACUCGUUAGCGUAACAUGUACAUUGUUUAAUAUAAAGCAACGACAUUACUUAGGUAUAUCAUUUUAAAACGCAAGUUGUAGAUCCACAACACAUAUUUAAUUAAACUAUGUCAUUAAUGUAAUUUUUCGAUAAAUGUGUAAAUAUUUUGUAAAUACCUGCUGUAGUAAAAUAAUUGAAUUCAAAGGUUUUAUAAUAUUAUUCUUUGAUAAUACGAUGCAUCGUAAGUAGUGUGGUUUUGAUUUAUUUUUUUGUUAAAAGUAGCUUUCUUUAAAAUCUUUAUUCUAUGAUAAAAUAAUAUCACGGUUGAUGAAUCUCAUUGCUUGUAUUUU